AUGGCCGUUGUCCCCGUCGACACGACCCUCCAAGUGCCGCCUCCGGAUCCGGUCCAGGAACCCCCGGAGGUGGCCGUGACCCCCUGCGACCCCUGGCCGGCUCCCUACUAUUUCGAAGGCGGACUGCGCCGCGUCAAGCCCUACCACUACACCUACAACACCUACUGCAAGGAGCGCUGGCGCGGGCGGGAGUUGCUGGACAUCUUCCUGUCGGAGUUCCGUGAUCGACCGGCCGAAUACUACAAAAAAGCCCUCGAAACCGGCCUCGUCUGCGUCAACGGCAAACCAGGCACCCCGCACACGAUCGUCAAGAACGGCGAGAUCAUCUCGCACACGCUGCACCGGCACGAGCCGCCCGUGACGGGCAAGGAGAUCGGGAUCAUCCACGAGGACGACGACCUGAUCGUGAUCGACAAGCCGGCCGGCGUGCCCGUACACUCGGCCGGACGGUACCACUACAACUCGGUGCUGGAGAUCCUGCGGUCCCAGCGGCACCCGGACUGGGUGCCGCGGCCCUGCAACCGCCUUGACCGGCUGACCUCGGGUGUCAUGUUUCUGGGGAAGCACCCCAAGGCGGCGGAGAUGAUGUGCGAGAAACUCAAGGCGCGCACCUUGCAGAAGGAGUACGUGGCGCGCGUCAAGGGCCGGUUCCCCGAUGGGGUGGUCGUGUGCGAUCAGCCCAUUAUGUCGGUGAGUCCCAAGGUCGGGCUGAACCGCGUGCGCGCCACGGGGAAGGAGGCUAAGACGAAGUUUCGCCGGCUGGCGUAUAUUCCUCCUUCUUCUGCGGCAGCCGCAGCGGGAGUGGGUGGGGAAGGGGAAGGGACGGGGGUAGCGACGCCGCCCCCGAUCUACGCCAACGAAGAGGAAGGCUACAGCAUCGUGCACUGCCUGCCGCUGACGGGCCGCACGCAUCAGAUCCGCGUGCACCUGCAGUUCCUGGGGCAUCCGAUCUCCAACGACCCGAUCUACAGCAAUCGGAAAGUCUUCGGCCCGGACCUGGGCAAGAACGAGACCUCCGACGAACGCGACCAGGAGCUGAUCGCCCGAUUGUCGAACCUGGGCAAGACCGAGACCGUCGCGGAGGGUACCGCUGCCAGCACCGGCACAAAACCCGACAGCAGCGAAAACAGCUACCGCACGCAUCUCACCGCCGCGCCGCUCGUGCCCCCCGGCACCGACGCCUCGGUCGUCGAGGAGAUCAUGUCCCGCGAGCACGAGGCCGCCGUCGAGCGCUACCACAAGCGCAAGGGCGAGCGCCUGUCCGGCGAGCGCUGCCCCGUCUGCGACACCGAGCUGUACACCGACCCCAGCCCCGAGGAGCUGGGCAUCUUCCUGCAUGCGGCGGCGUACGCCGACAAGGAGGGCCCCGACGGCUGGAAGUACACCAGCCAGAUGCCGAGUUGGGGGCUGCCCCCCGUCGGCGUGGACGGCCCCCGCGCGAUGCCGGACUGGGUCGAUGUCCCCGAGGACGAGGAGAUUGUGAUUGGGUAUGGGACGGUGCCGGAGCUCGGUGGGGAUGGGGAUGGCGAUGAUAACCCGAAGAAUCAUGCCGAGAGGAGAGGAGGAGGUAUCCCGGCGCUGGUCCAGGGGGUCGGGUUGGUGGAUAUCUCGGUGGAGAGGCAGGCGCAUGAAGCUGCUGUUGCUGCCGCUGCCGCUGCUAAUGCGGAGACUGCGCAAGCCACAGCAUAGAUUUUUUUUGGUACAUAGAAUCG